AUGGCAGGUAAUGAGGAACGCGCGAUGAUUGAAGCCACAAGGCCCAGUCUGGCUAAUAUGACUCAGGCUAUUGUGAAGCCUGACAUCACUAGGCACUUUGAACUGAAACAAUACAUGGUACAGCUGAUCCAAUCCACAGCGCUGUUUGUGGGUUUACCUCAUGAAAACCCGCAGAGGCACAUUCAAAAUUUCUUGGAAAUUACGGAUACCUACAACUAUCCGAACGUUUCCAAGGACUAUGUCAGGCUGACAUUUUUCCCCUUUUCACUGAUUGGGGAAGCUAAGGAGUGGUUGAAUAAAGAGCCAGCAAAUUCAAUCUGCACCUGGGAUGGUCUGACGGAUGAGGUAUUGGGUCACACUUUUGUAGAUGGGUUAGAUAAUGCUUCAAAGAUAAAUCUUGCCGCUUGUGGGGGUAGUUGCAUGGCCAGACCGUACAGUGAAAUCCAAAUCUUGCUGAAUAACUUCACUGCUAAUUAUAAUAACUGGCAAGGUGAGGGUGAUUCACGAAAGGCAGUUAAGCAAAAAUUAGCUGGGUUACUUGAGUUAGACGAAGUGUCAGCCAUGAGAGCCGAUAUUGCAAAGCUGGCCAAUCAGAUGACUAGGAUGACAAUGCAGCAACUACAAACAAUGCAACACAAUCUAUCUAUUAUGUGGGGCAACAGAACAAAGGUGCCGAAUCAGCAUGCACAAUACGGGAAUUCUUAUAAUCCAAAUUGGAGGAAUCAUCCCAACUUCUCAUGGGGUGGAAAUCAUCAGAAUCAGCAUAGACCCCAAGGGAAUUUCAAUCAGCCUCAGAGACCACCCCAACAAAUGGAAGAAAGUACCAAUGAUCUGCUAAAGAAGUUGUUGAUUGACAAUCAGCAACUCAGGACCGACUUCAAAAAUCUUGAAAGGCAAAUGGGGCAGUUAGCAACAAAUCAAAACACUAGACCUGCAGGCGCCCUCCCCAGUGAUACAGAAAAGAACCCUCAAGUGAAUGCAGUUACACUUAGAAACGGGAGGGAGCUAGAGGAAGUUCCAAAGAAAAAGGAAGACAAGCCCAUACCUGAUGGAGAUUUGAUCCCUAAAGUGACUCAAGAGAAAAAGAAUGCUGCUGAAAUUUCAGAGCCAGUGGAGGCCACAAGACCACCACCCCCUUUUCCCCAGAGAUUGCAGAAAAAGAAUGAUGAUCACAUGUUCACAAAGUUCCUCUCUAUGUUGAGCCAGGUUCAAUUGAAUAUCCCACUUGUUGAUGUGCUUCGUGAAAUUCCAAACUUCACGAUUCCUGUGCGCAUUGGUAAUAUUGAUGUGGGUCGUGCUCUUUACGAUUUGGAGGAGAGCAUAAAUCUGAUGCCCCUGUCUUUGUUCAAACAAUUGGGCCUGGGAGCUCCAAGGCCCACUACUGUGAUGUUACAGCUGGCUGACAGAUCGAUAGCACACCCUGAAGGGGCUGAUGAACUGGUUCCAAUCAUAUUGGGGCAACCUCUCUUAGCUACUGGUGAUGCAAUUAUCAAAGUGAGAGAGGGAAAGAUGAUUUUAAGGGUAGAUGACAAGGAAGCAGUUUUUAAUGUCUACAGAGCAAUCCAACUUACCCGCCACUACGAGCAGCUCUCAGUGAUAUCUGUUGUUGAGGCCAAUGAGCAGAUUCAUUAUCCGAGUGUAUAUCUAGAUGAUUCUCUAGAGAAAGCACUUAUGUUACUUGAUAGCCUGGGGGUUGAUGAGGAGGUUGAGGAAAUGAUGCACAUCCUUGAUACAUCUUGUGCAUACCUGCAAGGGACGCACCCCUUCGAGCCUUUGAAUAGACCAGAGGGGCCUCCUCCAAAGCCGUCAAUUGAGGAAGCCCCAAAAUUGGAACUUAAACCCCUUACACCUCACCUAUAA